AUGGGCAUGUAUUUUUGUUUGGAAGAAGUCCAUGAACUUACGGCACCCAAGGGGAUUCUCUUCCCAAAUUUCUUUGUGGUGCGUGAGGAGAUGCAGGUUGAUGGAGUCGAGCAGAUAAGGGAAAUAGAGAAAUCGUUGAUUUUGUUUUGUAAAUACAAUGGAUUGUGUGCUGGAAUAAAGUUGUCUCGGUUGUCGAGAAUUGGAGAUUUUAUGAAGAUAUUGUGUGGCAAGUUUAGUGAGUUGAGAAGACACUCAUUGCAACUCUUUUAUGCUAUACGUAAUCAUCCUAGUACCAUGUUAUAUAAUGAUGAAGAUUUGGAGGUGAUGUUUGCUGUAGCUGAUAGUAUUGGAUUGAAUUGCAUUGAAGUUACAGUAGUUGAUAGUCGUGGUUUUGAUAGUGGUAUUAGUGGGUGUGGUGUUGAUGUUGGUGCUAAUAGUAGUGGGAUUUUCGAUAGUGGUGGUGCUAGCACUAGUAAGGGCAUUUGUUUCAGUGGGCAAGGGUUAGUCGGCUGUCGGUUGGAAUCAAUGGGAUAUGUAGGUAAAGAGGAUGAUUUGGGAGCUAUGUUUUGCCGGCAUCAGCAUCGGCCAAGGUUGUUCGAUGCGUGGAAAGAGCUUAUUAAAAGUGUUGGUAAGUUGUUUGUCGAGGGUUCGGAAGGUUUUCGUGAUGCAUUACGGAAAUAUUCAAUUGUUCAUUCUUUUGAGUUUGACUUUGUAAAGAAUGAAACAGAGAGAGUGACUGCAGUUUGUAAGGUAAAAUCUUGCAAGUGGAAUAUCCAUGCUAGACUUGACAAGGUCAGUGGUUGCUUUUACAUCAAAAGGUAUUAUAAUAUUCAUUGUUGUGGUGUUGCUAGGUGUACGACAAAGAACUGUCAUGCUAAUUCAUCUCUGAUUAGUCAAUUGAUAAAGGAUGAUGUUCGAGACAAGUCAAAGAAACGUCUUGCUGAUGUUGUUGAUGAUUUGAAGGAGUAUUAUGGGGUAGAUGUGUCAUAUAAUUGUGCUUGGUUAGCUGUCCAGAAAGCCAAGUCAAGUGCAUUUGGAGAUUAUUCAGAUUCUUUUAAUCAACUUCAAUGGUAUCGUAAUGUUGUUCUGAAUUCGGAUCCUAGAAGUGUUUUUGAUGUUGAGUGGGAUCAAACUACAAAUCAUUUUUUGAGGUUGUUUGUAGCGUUUGAUGCAUGUGUACAAGGAUUUAAGCACUGCAGACCUGUUUUAUCCGUUGACGCAACGUUCUUGAAGGUAAGGCAUAUGGGAUGCUUGAUGUCUGCUUCAGCUAAAGAUGGUAAUGCAGGUCUAUUUCCAUUGUGCUUUGGUGUGGUUGAUUCUGAGAAUAAUGAUAAUUGGCUUUGGUUUAUGGAGAAGUUGCAUGGUAUUUUGGAUGAAGAGAGAAGGGUUGUUGUUUUUAUAUCUGACCGUCACAGAGGAAUAAAAGAGGGUAUUGCUAAGGUGUUUCCUUCAAGCUUUCAUGCUUACUGUCUCUAUCAUUUGAAGUGUAACUUGCGUACUGCUUUGGCGUCCACAAAUGUCAAGUAUAAAGAGAGUUUGAUCAGAGUGUUUUCAAAAUGUGCUUAUACUCCCACUGUGGCAAAGUUUAAUCAGCAUAUGGGUAAUUUGCUGAAACACGGUGGUGCAGCUGUUGUUCAUUUUCUGUCAAAGUUGCCUAAUGAGCGCUGGGCGAAUGUUUUUUACCAGGGGCAACGUUAUGGAGCAAUGUCCUCUAAUCUAGCUGAGUGCUUUAACUCAUGGAUAUUGAAAGAGCGUGAAUUGCUCGUGGUGGAUAUGGUUGAUCGUAUAAGGAAGAAGAUGAUGAAAUCAAUGUGUUUGAGGAGAGAAAGGGCAAGUAAAUGGGAGCAGUUGAAUGGAUUCCCUUGUUGCCACGCUGUCUGUGCUAUCAAAUAUAGUGGUAAGGAUUUGAACUUGUAUGUAGAGCGUUAUUUUCAUGUUGAGAGUUAUCGUCAGGUGUAUUCAAAACCAAUUUACCCAGUUGCAUCACUGUUGAAAGGUGAUGUGGUUGAUUGUGGUACUAGUAUUUUGCCACCAUUGUCAAAAAAGCCUCCUGGGCGGCCUAAGAAGAAGAGGAUUCGUUCAAAUGGGGAGAAGGUUAGAGAAAUGAAGUGUGGUAGGUGUGGGAAGAUGAGGAAUCAUAACAAACUUACUUGUAAGGAGGAUUUGAGGCUUGGUUUUUAG